ACUAAUUGUAUUUUCUUAUGUGAAAAUUUCCCAAUAUUUAUAAGAUGAUAAAAAUCAUCUUUUAACAUAACUGACCCAACUUUUGAGAACAACCGCGGGAAAAUGAAAAAGGGUUUUCCCGCCUAAGUUGACCUAUGUAUCUUUAAAUGGCAGAAUCGUAAAGAAAUUGGCUCAACUUUUCUGAAUAGUGAUGAUGAAAGAGACGAACGCCGCAGGAGAAGCGUCGAGCAGCCUCCGCCGCCACCGAAAGAGACAACGACUUCCUUCCGUUGAGAAUGGCAGAGAAACGGCGAGUGUAGACGGCGAUGAAGUGAUACCGGAGGCACGAUCGGGGACGCUACUCGAUUUGGAUCUUCUCGAUUGUCCCGUUUGCUUUCAAGCACUGACCCAACAUGUUUUUCAGUGUGACAAUGGACACAUAGCUUGUUCUUCCUGCUGUCGUGAACUGAGAAACAAAUGCCCUGCCUGCGCUUUACCCAUUGGUAAUAACCGAUGCAGAAUCAUGGAGAGAGUUGUUGAAUCAGUCACUGUCCCGUGUCCGAACGCCAAACAUGGUUGUACGGAGAAGUUCUCUUACGGCAAAGAAUUAGCUCAUGAGAAAGAAUGCCGUUUUGCUCUUUGUUAUUGCCCUGCACCUGACUGCAACUACGCUGGUGUGUACAAAGAUCUCUACACUCACUAUGAUGCUAACCACAAGGAUACAUCGACCCGCUUCGUGUGUGGCACUCUCCACCGCACAUAUCUUGGCACAGUUUCGACUACUUCAGUCCUUCAGGAAUAUAGAGAUGGUCCAUUGGUUGUGGUUCAGGGUUUCGUGGUGGCACAUGGAUUGUCUGUGACUGUGAACUGUAUAGCACCGUCUGCUCCAGGAGUUGGGAAGUUUUCCUUCAAUUUAACCUACACGUUGGGACGUCACACUGUGACGUUUGGAUCAACGGAGAUGAACAGGAUUCAGAAAGUGAGCUUGGAAACUCCUCAGAGCGACUUCAUGUCGAUUCCUUCAUAUUUGGUUUCACCGAUUAUUGUUAAGAACUUGCGUAUAUGCAUCCGCCGGCUAGAAGAAGAAGCUGGUGAAGAUGAAGAAGAAGAAGAAGCUGGUGAAGAAGAAGAAGAAGAAGAAGAAGAAGAAGAAGAAGAAGCUGGUGAAGAAGAAGAAGAAGCUGGUGAAGAAGAAGAAGAAGAAGCUGUUGAGGUUGAUGUUGUUAACAAUGUUCGCAGGUCAACUCGUCAGAAGAAGGGUAACUCCAAAUACCAAAACAAAGUCAAGUAACCAAAGGUUUUCUCCAAAUACCAAAACGAAGUCAAGUAACAAUGUUCUCUUGCAUGUCUCCUUUUUGUUGUUUUGUUUGUUGUUUAGUGUUUCAAAGUUUGUAAGAACUAACAACUCAUGUUCCACAUUUCUGUUUAAAGUAAAAAAGGAAAUUAGUUUAUUGCCUUAAUAAUGUUCUAUGUUCAGAUAUCUAUGUACAAUUAAGGUUUUUAGUGA